GCUGUGCUGAUUUGCAUCGACUUGUGUCAUCGCCACCGUGCUCAGUUCGAUCUGGAAUCCAGCAGUGGCUCCAAAUUCCUGCGAGUCUUUUGCGCAUCCUACCGCGAGACGUGUUUGUACCGAUUUCGUGCUUCCUGAUCGAGCGAGUACAUGAGAAGCCGAUUUAAAAUCGCCCCUAAUCGAAUAAAUCGGAAUAUAACCGCGGGGGGUGGGGGAUGGGGGGGAGGGUUAGCCGCCGUCGAGAAGUGCGAACGACGACGAUGAUGUGGUGAUCACCGGCGGACGGGCAAUGGCUGGACAGACGUCCGGCGAGGAGCGCGAGACGAAUCCAUCGAGAAAUGCCGAUAACCUGCUGCACCAAAUCGCGUCCACGUCAACGUCCGAGUCAACGAGCAACGAGAUGGCCAAGGAAAGGUUUGCGAUAGAGGAGCGACUGGCCGCCAAAAUGUUCUCCUACGAGAUCGUCUGUUUCUUCCUCGCCAUCACCUUUACCGCUCUGGCCGCUCUGCACAGCUCGCCUCCCAAAAUUUCCAAGCCGCCUGUGGCGAGACCGUUCUUCAACCAGGGCUCCAUAGUGCUGGACUUCUACAAGGGUCACUUAGACGCGAUGAUUGAAAGAGUCACACAAGCGGACUUCAGUUUCGUUAUGUAUUACGCACCUUGGGACGCGGAGAGCCAGGCGCUCCGACACGAGUUUGAGAGCGUCGCUCGGUUUUAUCAUCCACAAAUAUUCUUCGCAGCCAUUAAUUGUUGGCAUCCCGAUUCAGAGUGCAGAAAGCAGUAUAAUAAGAUCCACGGCUAUCCGGUGUUGAUGUUGUAUCCAUCCAGAGAUUCGGGUAUCAAUUACAGAGGGAUUCGCACAGCGCCGUACAUGAUUCGUUUUCUCAAUGCACUUAUGAAUCCCAUUGUUAGGAUAACGCAUAAGGAACAAUUGAUGGAGUUGUUGGUCACCUAUGACGCGGUGGUUGUAGGAUAUUUUAAUUUCACACGAUUGGACAGGAUGCCUGGGUAUCGAGAAUUCUACAAGGCUGCGAUACGUUCGCUGGAAAGAGAUCCUAAUAGAGAACUGGUGUUCGCCAUUGUGACCAGCGCGUCGUCGAGCGAGCUGAAUUACGGAGUGUACAAGCUUCCGUCAGCGAGUCUGCUCAUGUGGAAUGAAUCUCUAAGUUAUCCGGAAGACAAUGAGUGGACUUCAGAGAGUAUUCUGAAUUGGAUCAGCAUUUCUAUCCAUCAACCGUCCCUCUGGCUGCAGCCGCCCGGCGUCAAAGCGCUCACUCUUGCGCCGUAUUUGCGCGAGGGACCAGUUUUAUUUCUUUUCACACCGCGAAAUCCGCUCCACAUGGAAAACUAUAUUUACAAUCUGAUCAGAGAAAUUGGCUUGCAAUAUUACAAUUGUGCGGACAAUCUGCUGGCGAAGGACAUAGUCGCGCGUUUGGAAGCGAGACGGCACACGGCCAAGAUCCGUCAUUUGGCGAAAAAUCGAGAGUGCGCCGAUCUCUUGAACGAAACCAGACCUACAACCUACAUCGAGCGGGUAAAGGAAUCGUUUGCCAGCGUGUCGAUUCAGCAGUGGAGCAACAACACUUGCUGCUCGAAUGUCGCGACCAACAAAUGUCCCUCGUGCAAGACGAAGACGGUGAAUCUGCUAGAAAGAGAGACCUGUGUAGCUGUCUCUAAAAAAUUCGACGGCGUUUGCAAGGGCGCCGAUGUGUUUACAACUCCUAUCACAAUCGGACAGCAGAUGUACAGCCACAACAAUUACAUAACGAUGAGACUGCAGGAAGAAUACGAAUUGAAGAGCAAUUCACGUAAUGUUGUUUCAAGGCUGCACGCAGAUGCGGAGUACAAAAUUUCUUUGUUGAAUAAAGAGAACGACGCGCGUUCCGCGAGUAUGAUAAGAAGGGCCUUUUUGAAGGAGCACUGCAGAAGAUGGUUGGCCGGAAACGAGUACCAUCCGUCAUUGUUCCCACGCGAUUCUCCGAGGCAGUUCAAUAUUAGCUUGAAGGAAUCGGUCUGCAAAACCAACAAGACUCUGGCUUUGAUAGCUAUCGACAGCUUGCGUUACUUUCACUUUGCGGAGCACCUUGGGAUUGAUAUCUCCAAGUGGAGAAACAAAACCGCCGUUGUCAUCUUGGACGCCACGCUAGAAAGUCAGUACGUCAUGCAUCAUGAUUUCAGCGAACACGCUCUCGUCGAUUUCAUAAAUAAAUAUACGCAAGGUUUGUUGGAACGAACGUUGCGUUCGGACAAUUCGCAGGGCGAUGAUGUUCGCGAUAAAGCGCAGAAGUUGCCCAACGAGGACAACCGCAGGGACGCGAAUUUGUAUUCAAAAAUUCGCCUACCAGAGCUGACCACAGAAACAUUUUUGGACACUAUCUUGGAUCCAUCCAAGGAUGUCGUUAUAAUGUACCAUUCCCCGUAUUGCGGAUUUUGUAACGCUAUAUCGUACGUAUACUUGACGGUGGCGCAUUAUUUAUCCAACAUGGAUCACCUCAUUUUUGUAAGAGUCGACGGAGACAACAAUGAUCUACCAUGGGAGUACAACAUGAAUCACUUUCCAUCAAUUUUAUUCUUCCCUUCGAAGAGAAAAGAAGAUAGCACUGUAUUUCCGUUUUCUGUUCCUAUCACUAUUCCAAACCUGCUGAACUUUGUGCUGGCAAACUUGGAUGGCGAUUCUCACAUCGAAGCUCUAACCAAUGUGUGUCAAACAGGAACUGGUGAAGCGCCGGAUAAAUGUAUAGCUAGAACUCGAUGGCUGUGCCUAGAUAUUAUUGAAGAACUUUUGCGGGACUACCGGAAGCUAAGGCGGCAUUUAAGUUUUUUAGAUAAAAAAAUUGCGCGCAACAAACGCAAGAUCAUCCUUCUGAAAUUAGAGCAUAUCAAAGACAUUCAUUUUAUUCUGGGCUCUACCGUUGAUCUUAGCAGAGAUCGAAAGAAGGCGCAAUUGAUUAGGAGAAAGUUUCACAAGUACUACGAAGCUAUUAGACUGCUAGAAAACCAGGUAGAAGGACGACAUUACGACUCUAAAAGUGCUGUACAUGCGCCAAUUGCUAAACGAGAGACAACAAGAAGCGAAUUGUGAUAUAGAUUCCGCCUUACAAAUGUUAAUCAAGAUACGUCCAUGUGACGAUAGAUAAUAGUACAUAUUUUGGAAUACUCUCGACAUUUUGGCCAAUGAAUCGAUGCCAAAUUGUAAGAAAGUAAAUUUUUCGUUUGACUGUCAUUUUUUAUAAUUCUAAAAGGGAUGAAAGAAAGUUAGAAUUGAUGAAAAAGCACAGAACUGAUGAUUCUAGAGCUGGCCUAACUCGAUGCAAUAGAAAGAUGAAAGCAUGUUUGAAAUCCUAAUAAAUGCAAAAUAAAAUGUGAGAACAUCAACAAAGUGUUGAAAAAAUGCGAGUGAUUAUUUGGCUCAAGAUUCUAACUUAAUUCAAUGCAUAGGAAUUUUGAAUUUGAUGUAAUAUUCUUAGGUGUAUAAGGUUCUUAUAUGCACAGGAAGCCUUAAACAUAUGACUAUCCUGUCUUCCAGCUCUAGUUGCAUUGGUUUUAAAGAUUAUCAUCAUUCCAACUUAAAUAAUUCUCUUAUCUAUAUUGGUUUGAUCAAUUAGUUAUGCGAUUAAAAUGUUGGAUAUACUUUAUCAAAAGGAAUGUUUUGAAUUGGCACAAGAUGCUAAACGAGCAAUAUUUAUACAAUAACUUACCUCACUAUUUCAUUAUGUGCCUCAAUGUGUCCAUUUGUAUACAAUAAGAUAAGCCGUAAAUAGCAAAAAGUUUUUAAAUUUUGAUUUCUUAUAAUGCGGCAUUUGUGAUUGGAUUAAACGUAAAAACUGUUAUUCAAUAUAAGAGGUGAAAAAGA